CUCCCCCGCCACCCCCUGCAUCUCCGUCUGCGCACCAAACCCCUCCCACCCCCACCGGCCCCCGCGGACGCCAACGUCUCCAUCCUGCGCAGCUCCACCCCGGGGCCCCGUUACCAGACGCCCUCUGUCGCCCCCUCGCCCGCGCCCCCGGCGGUCCCCAUCCACCCCGCGACGCCGUGGAGUUGUCGCCGUUUGGCGGGGCAUACGCGCGGGGUAUCGGCCGUGCGCUUCCACCCCAGGGGGGUGGUGGCCAGUGCGGGAGCGGAUCGGAAUCUGAUUGUGUGGGAAGUGGAGACGGGGCGGAAUGUCAAGCAGGUGAUCGGGCACGGGUUGGGGAUUAAUGAUCUCAAGUUCUGUGCGGAUGGACGGUACUUCCUGACGGUGGCGGAUGAUCAGAAGGGGAAGGUGUGGGAUGCGGGCAGUGUCAGGCGGGUUGGGACGCUCAAGGGACACACCAUGUGUGUCUUCAGUUGCGGCUGGAAUGUACAGGGAAAUAUGGUUGCUACGGGCGGCGAGGACGGAUCUCUGGUAAUGUGGGAUGUGCGAACGUUCAAAAGUGUCCGGAGUAUUGCGACGGCGCAUUUCUCGCCGGUGUCGUCGGUGGAAUUCCACAGCGACAGCAGUGUGGUGCUGACGGCCAGCACCGAUGGACUGUGCCGGAUGUGGGACGUCUCCACGGGCAAUCUGCUCAAAACGCUGGUGGAACAGAAGAAUCCUCCCGUGGGAUGCGCGACAUUCUCGCCCAACGGCCGCUAUAUUCUGGCAUCGCACAUGAAUGGAACCAUAAAGAUGACUGAUUAUUUGCGGAACAAAGCCAAGAAGAUUUUCCAAGGCCACGUGAACGACACAUUCUGCAUUUCGUCCAGUUUUCUCACCGUGAAAACGGCUGGUAGUGGUGCUGCCAGCGCGUGGAUUGUAUCCGGAUCGGAAGACCAUAAGAUUUACGUCUGGGAUGUUAACUCGGCGCGUAUCCUGCAUCGGCUGGAAGCUCACUCGGAUACUGUGUUGUCGACGGCGUGUCAUCCCUUUUUGCCGUGUAUCGCGUCGGGCGGACUGGAAAAGGACCGCAACGUCUGCCUGUGGACACCGGACUCCACGGAACCAUCGAUCUAGACAAAUGCGGCAGCUGAAAUGAUCUUUACAGGCACUUGACUUACGGUAGCUGCGAUAGUGAUCUGGCUGGUACAGACGAAUCAAACCUUCUGUUGAUACUGUGUAAUACGUUACUGUUGUUGAUUAUUUUUUGUUGUUUGUGACUAUGAGAUGUCUGUGAUAAGGUUUUCUAUGGACGGCACUGCUAUUGGAUACUGUAUUCAGGAAUUUUGUUGUGUCUUUUGUUGCCAAAAUUGAAAAAGGGAAUUUUUUUGUUGUCAGUUAGCAAUUUGCAAUGAGUUGUAUGUUUUUUUUGGAAGUGUAUAAAACCGAAAAGUGUUGUCCUUGUUUGCUGUUAUGUGGCACGCACG